AUGACUUCGGGACCCAACUACUCGAUGGCGUCCCUAUAUGUCGGCGACCUGCCCUUCACUGUCACCGAAGCCAUGCUAUUCGAGAAGUUCUCGACCAUAGGUCCGGUGCUGUCCAUCCGAGUGUGUCGUGAUUUGCUGACCCGUCGAUCUCUGGGUUACGCUUACGUUAACUUUCAAGAGGUUUCUGACGCCGAGAAAGCCAUUGAAACCAUGAAUUUUGAUGUCCUUAAGGACCGGCCGUUACGGAUAAUGUGGUCACAGCGCGACCCAUCACUCAGGAAGUCAGGCGUCGGUAAUGUGUUCAUCAAAAAUGUGGACAAAUCCAUCGAUACUAGCGUUAUGUUUGACACGUUCUCGACGUUCGGCAAAAUCCUGUCGUGUAAAGUGGUUCAAGACUCGCACGGACUCAGCAAAGGCUACGGCUUUGUCCACUUCGCCACUCAAGAGGCCGCCGAUAAUGCCAUCGACAAAGUCAAUGGAAUGCUAUUAAACGGUAAAAAAGUAUUUGUCGGCAAAUUUAUCCCGAAGUCCGAGAGAAUGGACUCGUCGUCUGCCGAUAGGAAUAAGAACUUCACUAAUAUUUAUGUCAAACACUUAACCGAUGAUUACGACGACCAGAAGUUACACCAACUCUUCGAAAAGUUCGGUAAAAUAAUGUCCGCGAAAGUGAUGACUGACGAGAAGACCGGAAAGAGUCGCUGCUUUGGAUUCGUGUCGUUUGAGAGCUCAGAAUCGGCUGAGAAUUGUGUGCAAGAAUUGAACGGAAAGCACGAGAUGUCAAACGGGAAGCACCUGUACGUGAAUCGGGCGCAGAAGAAGUCGGAACGCAUGGAAGAGUUGAAGCGUCGCUUCGAAGAGUUGCGACAAAAGCGUAUCAAUCGAUACAAAGGAAUCAAUCUAUACGUCAAGAAUCUGGAGGAGUCGAUGGAUGACAAGCGUCUGUCCGACGAGUUCUCUGCCUUCGGAAGAAUAAGUUCGGCGAAAGUCAUGUGUGACUCGAGAACGGGUCGAUCGGUUGGCUUCGGUUUCGUAUGCUUUUCAGUGCCAGAAGAGGCCCAGAAAGCCAUCAACGAAAUGAAUAACAGAAUUAUUGGCACAAAACCAUUGUAUGUGGCGUUCGCUCAGAAUAAAGAGGAACGGAAGGCAUUACUGUCCGCACAGUUCAUCAAACAGAGCAACACUGUCAUGAGAGGGCCAGCCAUCCCACCGCCGAUGACUCACUCACAGCUCCCAUCGCACCCGCAUCUCAUCCCUACAGCACUGAAUCCGGCGGCCGCUGCCAUGGCUUACGCGGCCAACCCGGCCAUCGCUUUCAACGCAUUUGGUGCCCACGGAAUGGCAUCCCAUUCCUGGAAUGACAUCAGACGUAACCGUCGCCUUAAAUUCUACUAA